CAAAAGACAAAACGUGAUUUCCGCGAACACCUACCGGCACCCGUACACCAUACCCACAAUCCACCGGUCGUUCCCUUCGGAUCUGUGCACGAAGUGUCAAAUCCAAGCAUGGCGCUGCACCGGCUCUUCCAGCUGUCCUCCCUCCUGCGCUCGGCCGUCUCCGUCACCCUGCGCAGGAACAUCGGCAUCUCCGCUGUCGUCUUCAACCGGGCCAAGGACAUGGACCCCAUCCAGAAACUGUUCCUGGACAAGAUCCGUGACUACAACACCAAGAGCAAGGCGUCAGGCGGCGUCGUGGAUGAAGGUCCAGCCUACCAGAAGAACUUGACUGAAGAGAUGUCCAAACUGCAGAGGCUAUACGGCGGAGGAGACCUCACCAAGUUCCCCGACUUCAAAUUCCCAGAGCCCAAACUAGAGGAAGUGGCCAAGUGAACGCUGUCUUGUUGUGUGUCUCCUCCCUGUCACCAUUAUGUUGUAUUUAAUAAAACUGAUAGUGGAUUAAAGUGUUA